AUGCCAUCAACUUUUGCGGAAUUUGCUGUUUUAUCUGUCUCCACAUGUAAUUCUUCCAGUGGAUAAUAGUGGGACUGGCACGUGGCAAAAGUUCAUCCACUGCUGACAAUUCUAUUGUGUAUCUCAGUUCAAAAAUCAAACAUCAUCAAGCUUCUCUUUGGGAAUCUAUGGCUUCUGCUCUGCUUUCUCCAGCUGCAAGUGUUCAUUCUAAGUCUCUUUCUCUCUCCUCCACUAAACCCAUCAACCAAACCCAUUUCUUUUCCUAUAUUAACCGUCCCAAAAGAAUCAAUGUUAAGUGCAAUGCAUUUCCAGAGAGUAUAAUAGAAGGCGUGACAGAUAAUGCGGCUUCUCUACCGAUAAUUGGUUCUGGUUUUGUAGAAAUACAGAAGAUUGCUGAUACUUUGCCGGAGUCUGAGAAGUGGGGAAUCGCGGUGUUUGCUGGUUUGGCUUGGAUAUACUUGACUGCAAGGCCUGGAGUGCUUAUUGGAGCAAUUGAUGCAUACAUUUUAGCUCCUUUGCAACUGGGUUUUGAUACCUUGAUAGGCAGAAGGAGAUUAAAGAGGUCUGAUUUUUUAAUUACUGAUAAGAUAGGUGAGGGUUCCUUUGGUGUGGUUUAUUCUGGGGUGGUUGUGCCGAAAAGCGUAAAUGUGGAAGUAAAUCUGCCCAAGAGGAGCAUGGCAAAGAUGAUUGAAUCUGACAAGAGAUUCAAGGAAAAGGUUAUACUAAAGCAGGUAAAGAUUGGAGUUGAAGGAGCUAAAGAAUGCGGUGAUUUUGAGGAGUGGUUUAAUUACAGGCUAUCAAGAGCUGCUCCAGAUAGCUGUGCAGAAUUUCUUGGAAGCUUUAUAUCUGACAAAACAAAUUCACAGUAUACAAAAGGUGGAAAGUGUCUUGUUUGGAAAUUUGAGGGAGAUCAAGACCUUGCGGAUUACAUGAAAGACCGUAGCUUUCCUUUAAAUUUAGAGAACAUCAUGUUUGGUCGGGUGUUGGAAGGUGUGGACUCUCUUGAGCGCAAUGCAUUGAUCAUCAAGCAAAUAAUGAGACAGAUAAUCACUUCUUUAAAGAAAAUACAUGACACUGGUAUUGUUCAUCGGGAUGUUAAACCAGCAAACUUAGUGGUGACCAAGAAAGGACAGAUCAAGCUAAUAGAUUUUGGGGCUGCAGCUGAUCUUCGAAUAGGGAAGAACUAUGUUCCAGAUCGUGGUUUGCUGGACCCUGACUACUGCCCUCCUGAACUGUAUGUACUCCCAGAGGAAACCCCAAGGCCGCCUCCAGAGCCUAUUGCUGCAUUACUCUCUCCUUUCCUAUGGCAGUUCAAUAGCCCUGAUCUAUUUGACAUGUAUUCAGCUGGGAUAGUUCUACUUCAAAUGUCUGUACCAAGUCUGAGGUCCACAGCAAGCUUGAAAAAUUUCAACUUGGAAUUAAGGUCUCAAGGAUAUGAUUUAAACCGGUGGAGGGAACGCACUCGGACAAGGCCUGACCUGAGGAUUUUAGACAUGGAUAAGGGAAGAGGGUGGGAUCUUGUGACGAGGCUCAUCUCAGAGGGUGGGUCCCUUAGAAGAGGUCGUUUAUCAGCUUCUGCUGCUCUUAGACAUCCUUAUUUCUUGCUUGGUGGUGAUCAAGCAGCUGCAGUUCUCUCUAAACUGAGCUUCACCAGAUAGUAAUCCUUCAGUUUUCUCAAAGCUCCUCUCAUUUUUGUAAGUACCAUCAUCAGCAAUAUCAUCCUACCUAUUUCAUUUCAAGGUAUUCCAAUAUAAAUAGCACAAAUAACCAAUAGAGUUUUUGUUGAGAGUUUACCUACACUCGUUUGACAGAUAACCCUUCCUGAGUCUGUUUUCUGGUCUUCAGUUUUGGAGAACAUUAAAUAACUUGUUAUAUCUUUCAUGUGUUUACAAACAAGGCAGUUGAAGAUAGGUUGGGUGAUCGUGCAUAUGGAUGAUCGAUUGUCCGACAUAAACAAGUAAAUACAACAAGAUAAAUGCAUAGCUUUGAGGUAGGAGUGUGCAUUGGUGUAAUUCUACAAAGCCUCAUUUAAGUAGAAAUGAUUUUCUCUUUCCCUCUUUGGGCAUAAUCAUCAUAUAGUUUUUGAUUCUCAAGGAAAAUCAAAUGAGCUCUGUAUGUAUGUAUAUGUACUCAAGCAAGUCUUUUCCUUGCUAAAUUUUGACUAUUAGAUGAUCAUGUACCUAAUGUUUAUUGUCU